CAUUAUUAGUUUCAUUUCUUUGUUAGUCAUUUUGUCUCUCAUGUUUUCAGUAGUUCUAAGCAUAUGAUGAGUAGUUUGAGUAUUUGUUAGAUAGUUGAUUUCCCAAUAUCAAAACAAAACAAAACAAAACAAAUGUGAAUGACGCAUCUAUAAAAUUUAUGGUAAAUGUCAAGUUUGGUCACUGGGUUUUAGGGCUGCUAAACGGUACGAUAGCCGGUUUACCGUUUACCGUUUCACCGGUUUCGGUAAUACCGGAAAUGGCAAACCACCCGCCGGAUGCCGCUACCGUUUUCCACCCGGUAUACCGCCUACCGUUUCGGUACGGUAUCGGUAAGGGAACGAGAGUCCCGAAUUACCGACAGAAAGUGACCUGCCUCUUCCCUUUCGCUGCUGAGUGCUGUCAAUCCCUUAUCCCUCUGUCCCUGUCUCCCUGUCGGCUGUUACAUACCCCAUUUGCUUCACCUUCACGACUUCACCCAACCCCAACCACGUCCAUUCCUCAAUUUCAUCAAUCUUCACCAUUCACACCAACGUCCAACGCCACAUGCCAUCAUUUCCAGUCCACAAUGUCAUGACUUGUGCUGAUGGUUAGUUGGCUGCAUUCACUCUCUCCCCAGAUUCCCCGCCGGCAUCCAGACCCACCCACACUACCACUAUCACCAUUGCCCAUAGGUAAACACUAAAACAACAACUACAAAUAAACUCAUGAGAAUGAAUAGUAAACAGGAAAUGCUGGCGGCGGUGUACGAGCGGUGGACGUGGCCUUGGAAGGGGGACGUGGUCGUGGCAGAGUGUGACGUCAAGGAGGUGGCGUUCCGGCCGCGUGUGACGAAAUUGGAGCUGGGUCCGGCGAGCUGCCGCUCCGACGGGCGGUGGCGGCGGUUGGAGGUGAAGUGCCGGACCAUAUUCUGGAAUUAUGUCUACGUUGCGGGAAUGUGUCUUGCGAUUUUGGCGUUCUCUCUUUAGGCGGUUGAGUUUUAAUUAUCUCUCUUUUGGGGUUGCCUUGCAUGGCAGCUGGGCCGCGGCGCGUGAUGUUUUUUUAUUUCUACUCGGUGUCGGAUUACCGAGCCGCCGACGGUAAACUACUCAUUCGAUCCCGGCAUACCGCCAUCACAAUUUCCCCAGCCGACUACCGUUAAGUUCGGUUACCGGUACGGUUACCGGUUAAACCGACGACCGGAAAACCGUUUAGCAGCCCUACUGGGUUUACUAAAAUGUGUCACGUUUAGUCAUUCAAAAAAAUUAAUAUCAAUUUUGGCACUCGAAUUAGUAAAACGGUACACGUUUA